UCGGUGGCGAUUCUCAAUCUAAAUCAACUACUUGUUACUCACAAUUCAUCAUUCAAAAUGGGACAAGCACCUUCUGGAAUGCAAGGAGGCGAUGGCUUCAACAAGAAGAAGGAUGAUAAGAAGAAAGAGAAACCUAAAUAUGAGCCUCCAGUUGAGGCCAGGUUCGGGAAGAAAAGAAGAAAGGGGCCUGAUACCGCCAUCAAGUUGCCCUCUGUUCAUCCCUCCACCAGAUGCAGAUUGAAAUUGUUGAAAUUGGAGAGAAUUAAAGAUCACUUGUUAUUGGAAGAAGAGUUUGUCACCAACCAAGAAUCAUUACAACCAACCGAAGCCAAACAAGCUGAAGAAAGAGAGAACUUGGAUGAGUUGAGAGGAUAUCCUAUGAGUGUUGGGAACUUGGAAGAAAUCAUCGAUGAUGAUCAUGCUAUCGUUUCAUCCACUGCUGGUUCCGAAUACUAUGUUUCGAUCAUGUCGUUUGUGGAUAAAGGUCUCUUGGAACCCGGGUGUACCGUGUUGUUGCAUCACAAAACGGUGGCCAUCGUGGGAGUGUUACAAGACGAUGCCGACCCAAUGGUGUCUGUGAUGAAGUUGGACAAAUCGCCCACUGAAACAUAUGCUGAUAUUGGUGGAUUAGAAGCACAAAUCCAAGAAAUCAAAGAAGCAGUGGAAUUACCCUUAACGCAUCCCGAACUCUACGAAGAAAUGGGAAUCAAGCCCCCUAAAGGUGUUAUAUUGUACGGAGCCCCCGGUACCGGUAAAACCUUGUUGGCCAAAGCGGUGGCUAACCAAACCAGUGCAACCUUUUUAAGAAUAGUGGGAUCUGAAUUGAUUCAAAAGUAUUUGGGUGACGGGCCCCGUUUGGUCCGGCAGAUUUUCCAGGUGGCAGCAGAACAUGCCCCUUCGAUUGUGUUUAUUGAUGAAAUUGAUGCCAUUGGUACCAAGAGAUACGAAUCUUCGUCGGGAGGAGAAAGAGAAAUCCAGAGAACCAUGUUGGAAUUAUUAAACCAAUUGGAUGGGUUUGAUGAUAGAGGAGAUAUUAAGGUGAUAAUGGCCACAAAUAAAAUAGAAUCAUUAGAUCCGGCAUUGAUUAGACCAGGAAGAAUCGACCGUAAGAUCUUAUUCGAGAACCCCGAUGCCAAUACCAAAAAGAAGAUUUUGACGAUUCACGCCUCUAGAAUGAGUUUGUCAAAAGAUGUCAACUUGGAAGAGUUGGUGACAUCUAAAGACGAUUUAUCAGGAGCAGACAUCAAAGCUAUGUGUACUGAGGCAGGGUUGUUGGCGUUGAGAGAAAGAAGAAUGCAAGUAACGGCCGAGGACUUCAAGCAGGCCAAGGAGAGAGUGUUGAAGAACAAAGUGGAAGAGAACCUUGAAGGGUUAUACUUAUAGGUGUGUAGUAUAAUGAACAUAUAUACAUGGUAGUUCUGCAAAUGGUAUGUAUGUGGGUGUUGUAGGUCAUGUUUUGGGCAUGAAGGUAAUAUGCUGGUAAUCACAAUGGUAUGCAAAAUGGUAUACACAUCGCUAGAUCAGAUCAAUACCUCAAAGCUUCAUUAUCUACUUCGUGGUCUGUAUCUCUCUAUUGGUCAUUAUAUCUCGUUAUCUCUCGUUAUCAUUAAACUGGUGGAGGCUUCACUUGCUUCAUUCUCACCUUCAUCCUCAUCACCACCGUAUCCUUAAACACUACUCGUUUCCGACACAAAGGACACAACCCCACACCUCGCUUCCCCCUCGUCUGACCUCUGGCGUUCGAACUGGCGACACUCUUCUGGAUACAUUCGAGGCAGAAGAUGUGUCCGCACGAGGUGGCGGUGGCUUUGGUGAUAUCGUCAAAGCAAAUAGGACACUGGACAUCGCUGAGUUUCUUGGUGACAAGCGGGUGGGUGUUGUUGAGUAGAUCAUUGGUGUCGUUCCGGAUCUCCAAGAGCUUGAUAUCGUCAUCGUCAUCAUCUUCACUAAGGUUGAUUAGAUACGGGGACAGUUGCACAUCCAGGUGAUGAGCAUCAACAUCUAUGACCGGUGGAGCCGGAGGAGUGGUUGUAACGGGCACGGCAGGUCCUAGAUGGUGUACUUCAUCACUACUGUUGCUAUGACUGUGAUCAUGACCCAGUUUGGGGCGGUGCUUGUUGGUACUGGAGCUAUUACCACUAGGAGGCAUAGCUUUAAGGUUCGCAAACACCGCGCAC